CUCCUCCUCAUUUAACCGCUCGCUGUCUCGAAGUUUCUUCUUAAUCCGUGUUCUUUGUGCUUUGCUGUACGUUUCAUACGGUUGCUUUAGCAUAUUAAAGUUGAUUCUCACAAUUAAAGCUCGAACGCACGCAGCGGAUCAAUCUCGAAUGCCUCUUUGGUAGAUGUUGUUAUAAUGAUAGGUUAUACGGUUUGUUAUUGAAAAUUCAAUCCUUACGUCGAAAGCGUCUUUUGUUUACGUUAGUCAUUGCGGAUACUAACCUACGCGAAUGACAUAUUUUUCAAAGCGGAAAAAUGUACGCUCUCGUCCUUUGGAAAGAUAAGUCAAGAACCACUAGCGUAUUUCCACUCGAACACAUUAAAAAAGAGGAAGAAAAAGUGCUUGCAAAAUCGGGAGAAGAUUGGUACGAGGCCGAUUUAAUGUUGGAAUACGGUAAGUGAGAUUUCAUGCUCAACGCGUAAUCACACAAACUUAACCUCGUGAGCAACAAUUUAACUAGAUGUAACACUUAUUAUAGACGAUAUUGAGUUUUUAAAUGACGUGCCGAUAUCAACAAAGGCGAAUUUUUGAGUCGAAAAAAUAUAAAUAAAACUUCAGAACAUCUCAUCCCCAAAAAAAGAGAGAUAAAAGCUAAUAAUAGAUUGAAGAAUAAGAUGGUUACUGACAACAUGAAAAAGAAUAACAAGCAAUUAUUUUAUCCGUCGAUAUAUUCUGAUACGAGCGACGAUGAAGUUACAACAGGUAAAAAUAAUCACGACGAUAACAAGAAAGCUGACAAGAAGGCAGUUGAGACACAUGAAGAAAUGGAACAGACCGAGUAAGAUCAAAAGUUUUUUUUUAGUUAUGUACAAAACGUGGGGGCGGCGCCUGUCAAAGAGUCUCCUGCAUCACCGCGACACAUCUCAGCGCGCAGCACAACUCAAACGAUCCGGGCCUAAUAAGCCCUUCUGCAUUCAUCGACAAGCUCUUUUUACGCCGCAAGGAUUUCAGAAGAGCACCGAGGGACUCGCGCCGUCCGCCGGAGCAAUAUACCUAGAGCGAUAACAGUAGUAUAGUUUAUAAAUACGUUGAUACAUUUCUCAAUUUUGCAGAAAACUCAAUGAGGAAACGUCUCAUAGCUCGUCCGUAAAUUCUACAGUUCAGUCGUGUGCUUUUUGCGAAUGCCUUUCUACAGACUUACCUUAUGAUGAGAAGAUAUUAAAAAUAGCGGAAGCUGCAGCUAGUUUAUUGAGUCGCUUAGUAGAAGAGAGUGGGCGUAGAAUGCCGAAAUUAAAUAAGGUUAGAUUGCAUGGCGAUUAUGAUGUAAUGAUUGGUCGACGAAAAUUUGAUGAUAUUUUACGAUUAAAUAAAAAUAAGCCUAAAAACAUCAUUCGAGAGUUAGCGAAAGAGCUUAUUGGAGAGCAGAAAUUAGCUACACUAAGUGAAACAGCUAUAGAUGAGGACAUCGUCAAAGACAUCGUAGGAUUCACGAAUCUUAAUACAAACAGAAGCAAUCGAAUGAGUAUGACGCAAGUAAAACGUUGCAUAACCUUGUAUUGCGGUUUUUGUAAGACGAAAUUAUCGGGAAAAACAAAACUCGAUUCAGGACUAAAAAGUGCAUCUCAAGAUAAUCACAAGAAAGAAAAAUCGAGAAUAAAAUCGAUAAAAAAUCAUACGCAGAAAGUAAAAAUCAUUCCAAGUACAUCUGCUGAAAGUGAAGUUUUAGGGGACGUGUACGAUGAUACUCAAGAUCUUAAUGAAGAUAUCUUAAUGAAGAGCUUGCUAGCAAUAUAGAUGAUCACGAAGUUUUGAGCAGAGAGAGAGAGAGAGAGAGAGAGAGAGAGAGAGAGAGAGAGAGAGAGAGAGAGAGAGA